AUGGAUGGGUCUAAUGACCCAGAAAUUAAUUCAUUACUUGAUAAGUUCAAAAUAUCAUACAGAUCACUAGAAUAUACAGGAGUAUGCGAUAUUCUUAGUAAAAUAGACGAUAUUUUAGAAGAUGAUUUCAUGAAGCAAUUUCAGGUUAAUGUUAUUGCAAAUAUAGCACUACCACUUUUAUAUCCGAGUGAAAGCGGAUCGUCUAAACUUCGAUGGACAUUACAAUGCAUAACAGCUUCAAAAUUAGUAAAAUGGGCGCCAACACUAAGAAUAGAUAUUCUCAUUUCAGUUAUAUCUGUCUUCGAAAAAUACCCUCAAGAAUUCGCCACCAAUACAGCAAUUAGACAAACUGCAACAGAUUUGAUUACUUAUUCAAAAAAUUUCUGGGAUUUACUUCAUGAAGUGAAAUCUGAGUUCAGUGCAGAUACCAUAUGGAGUUUUCUCAUAUUUUGCAGUUAUAACUCAACAAUUCUCGAUAAACCAAACUGGGAUUUGAUGAAUUCGUUAAUUCAGAAUCCAUCUACAUUCAAUUCAUCAUAUUCUGAAGAUGUUCUUACAUUUUUAACUCGUACUGCAAAAAAUUGGGGCCAAAAUCCUCAAUUUGCGUUUCAAUUACUAGAUGGUGCAGUUAAAAAGACUCCAAUUAAGCUUGGUGUAUCAAUACCAGCAUUUAUAGUUGAACAGAAUACUUCGCCAAAGAAUAAAAUCGAAAAAUUAAUUUAUACAGUUGCUUCUCAUCUAAAAGAAGCAAAUCCUUUAACAGCAAGAGCAUUAACACAAAUAGUAAUGCUUGAAUCAAAGAUCCCUGAUAAAGUAUUCGUUACUUCUCUUUAUCUAGCUUUAUUAAGAAAUAUUCCUCAAAAUUUUCAUCCAAAUUUAGUUCAAAAAUUAGUUACACUUGUUAGAACAAACCAAUUCGAAGCAUCAGCAGCUGCCAAAAUCGUUGCUGUUACGUCAACAGUUCAACCUCCACGAAAUUUUUCAUUUUUAUCUCAUUUCAUGGAUUCUUUUGCUUCACAGACUCAUUCUGCAUCUAUGUUCUUUGGUCAUCUUGCUGAAGUUUGCGAAUUACUUUCAGAUGACGUUGUUUUUCCUUUAGUUCGAGAUUCGAUAUCAGCUAUUCGUUCUAUGGGCACAAACUUUGGUGUUAUGCACCUAUUAGUCAGAUUAUUGAAGAGAGCACAGUCUAAACCAAGUAUUCUCUCUGGAUCUGAUUUGAAUUAUUAUAUCCAGACAAUUGUUGAUUAUUCCAACCAGUCAACGAAACUUUCAGCUAAAUGUUUAGCAAGGCUUGCUAUUUUGAACAAUAAUCCUUUAAAUUUUGAUACAAAUUCGAUUUCUUCUUUAGAAUUGACAACUUUAGUUUGUGCUUACUCAUUUAAUUACGGAUCGAAUGUUUAUGAUGAUUCUCUGAAUUACACAGCGUUUGUUAUCUCAAAAAUGUGUAAUUUCGAAACAAGUUAUAAUAUUUUGUCAAAAAUUGACUAUUCUAGGACAUUUCUCAAUGGAGACAAUGCAAGGACAAUAUAUUUAGCAACAAAAGAAGCAAUUAAGCUGAGUUUGACCAAAAACAACGAUGUUUUUUCUCCUUUAUCAGAAAGUUUAACAAAAAUGUUGAUUUUUCAGGAUGUUACACAGAUAAUUUCUGAUUAUUUUACUUCAUCGAACAGUUCUCGUAUCAAUCCAAAUGUUCUAAGUAACUUAAUCACUGCUUUAGACAGAGUAAAUUCGAAUUACGAACCAUUACGAAAUUUGUUGAUCACUGUCACAGCGAAAUACACUGAUGAUUGGGUUGAUACACUUAUAAAUGAAAGGAAUUCGAAUCAGUUUAGAAGCUGGUUUGUUAUGAGAGUGCUAAGACCAUUAGCGAUGAAAUGUUCAGGUGCUUUUUAUGUUUUGUCAGAAAUGAAACUUGGACCAAUUGAAUUUGCUUCUGUAAUUCCUGCCGCAAAGAAAUGGCUAACAAUAGGAGGUGCAAAUGAAGUGAGAGCUGCAGCAAUUAAGUUCGUUGAGAAGAACUUAAAAGGCAAAAAAGAACUGACGCAAUUCACUUUGAAAUUGGCUUUUUCUAUCAUAACCCGUUGUGAAAGUCCGUCGUUUCCUGAUAUUGAUAUUCCUGAUGAACCUUUGAUUGAUUUUGAUACUCCUGUAGUUCCUGAAAACAGAACUGCGCCUUCCGCUGAGCUUGCUGCAUCACUGAGGAUAUUGUGCAAAGCUGUUGAAUGCGGAAUUGGAAACAUUUCUGACCAAGAUUUAGAUAUUAUUCAUAGAUCUCUGAAACAUUCGAAAGAUCCAAGAGUCAGAAGGCCUUAUAUUAAGUUCCUUGGUAGAUUAGGACUAAGAGGUGCUGCGUAUGCCGCACAAAUGGAUCCAAAAUUAUCAAUAACACCAUUCUUUUAA